CGAGAAAUGCUGGACAUGACUAGUCUCGAAAUUGCCGACCGUCACAACAAGAGAAAGCUGGUCGCUCUUGAUGUGACACAUGGCAGGCAUCAAACUACGUCCGAGGCGCAAUUUCAUCUCUGGCAGGGGCCUGGAGUGGAACCAGAAAUUGCAAACAUGGGAUUGGACUGACUUGUGCAAUGGCUGCUCCUCCCCUCCUAAAUCCACCCUUCCAAUUCUCUGUAGCGAACUAGACAGCUGUCAGUAGAUGCGGUACAUUGGUUCCUCGCGAUGCUGCCACGCUUUCCUCUUAUAAUGGCUUGCUAGCAACCGUUUUCAUGGAUACACGCUGCGCGUGGAUCGCCCUUUUUGUCUUGCUGGUGUUCGAGGUAGCACCUUCAAGCUCCCACUUUUCCGAUGGAAUUUCGUCGAGCGAUCUCGCAACGAACGACCGUUCCUUCACGCAUCCGGUUCUAGCAGAAGCGUUCUUUUCGGAUCGACGACGCCUUUCUUCCAGCCUCCUUAGGAGCCCUCAGCAGCAGCACGAGCACUUCGAGCAUACAGCUGUGAACACCACCAAUAACUGCACCAGCUGUACUACUGGUGAUGACACGUCAGACACGCGCAUGUGUGCGUCCGUGCAUCACCUUCAACGGAACACCACGUCAGCAGCCAGAUGCGACUACGUCAGACAGUACUGUUCAUCGGCAGGCUCUAAGUCCUUGAUUAACUACAUCGACCUACACUACUGUACCUUGGGUGCUCGAUCCUGGAUCUCCCUGCCGCUCCUCCUCCUAGGGCUUCUUGCAGCUAUUUUCCUGCUCGCUGACACGGCUGACCGUUUUUUCUGCCCGACUGUGGAGACAAUGUCGGCCAUGCUCGGCCUCUCGCCUAGCACAGCUGGCGUGACGCUAUUGGCGCUCGGGAACGGAGCGCCUGACGUGUUCUCAUCGCUAGCGGCGAUUGUUGGGGGAAACCCGAAGGUUGGGCUGGGAGCAGUUGUCAGCGCAGGCGCAUUUGUUACGUGUUUCGUGGUGGGCUGUGUGGCAGUCGCAGCAGCGCCUUUCUCUGUGCGGCCCCGUCCCUUCCUGCGCGACUCCUGCCUCUUCGCAUGCGCCGUGCUGCUGCUGCUGCUCGUGUACCUCUCAGGCCGCGUGCACCUCUGGCAGGCAGCAGGCCUCGUGGCCUUCUACGUCUGCUUCGUUGCCGUGGCCAUUGUUUCCAACGCAUGGGAGCCGCCAGAUGCCCCCCAUCCGCAUGCCCAUCCACAUUCCCAUGUUCACUCCCGUGGCAACUCCCCCGUAAAGCGGUUCAAGAGCCAUCCCGUCCUACAGCAGGGCGAUGACGAGGGUGAUGUGCCGCCGCACCAGCACCAGCAUCAGCAUCAGCAGUUGCUGCCGUUGUUUCGGUCAUCAUCCCCCACUGCACCCCACCGCAGCAGCAGCAGUCCAAGGCCUCCUCCCCAUGUCUCUCUACAUGCCCCUCGUCUCUGGCGUCAGGCCCUCAGGGCUCUCACCCGCUCGCUUGACAGGCUGCGGGCCUGCCUGCACGUACUAUUCGACCCCCUCCGCCUGGCCACCAUCCCCUCUAUCGACCCCUCUGCCUGGGACGUACGCUACGCCACGGCUAACGUCUUCCUCUGCCCCUUAAUCGCCAUCUACACCAUCCGCGCCGUCCUCCCCUCCGACUCCAACCUCCUCUUCUUCCUCCCCCCUCUCGACCCUCCCUCCUCCCUCUCCUCAGCCUCCUCCUCCUCCUCUUCCUCAUCCUCCUCUUCCGCCUCCCUCUUCUCCUCCUCCUCCUCCCUCUCCACCUCCUCCCUCGCCGUCCGCUCGUUUGUGCUCAUCCAAAGCUCCCUCUGUGCAGCAGCCUACCUCCUCGCCACGCGAGCCUCGAGCCCCAUCGGCGCCCCCCGCUCCCUCAUAGUCCCUGUCUCCUUCGCCAUGUCAGUCUUCUGGAUCGCUCUGGUAGCGUCUGAGCUCCUAGGCCUCCUCUCCGCCCUUGGGAUUGUCCUGCACGUGUCGCCGUCGAUCCUUGGGAUUACCGUGCUCGCGUGGGGAAACUCGGUGGGUGAUCUUGUAGCGGAUGUGACUAUAGCGAAGGCUGGACAUCCGACCAUGGCGAUAGCGGGGUGUUUUGCGGGGCCGAUGUUUAAUCUGAUGGUCGGGGUUGGGUCGGCGUUGGCUGUCCGUAGCUGGGAUCUGUACCCCGAGCCGUUGGUGUUGUUUCACCACCCGAAUGUGCUGCUGGCCCUGUGUUCUUUGCUGGGGGGGGUUCUUUCGUCCAUAGCUUUUGUAGUGUGGUCUGGAUUCAGGGUGACUAGGACGUGGGGUGUCUGCUUGAUUUGCAUGUACUUGACGUUUGUGGUUGCCGCGGUUGCAAUAGAAUCUUCAUUGCAAUAAAUACCAGUAAAUAUGAAAAGGGUUC